UCGUCAUCACAACGCCGGCGUGACCCCGGCGGGGUCAGAGGGGAAAGGUGCGUGAGGCGGAAGCGGUGUUUCAUCUCCCUUGGCCUCCCCGGAGCGCGGUGGCGGCGGCGCCGGUGGAGGAGAAGAAGGAGGAGGCCUGUGGUGGCCGGGCCCAUGAGCGUGUCCCUGGUGGUGAUCCGGCUGGAGCUGGCCGAGCACUCCCCGCUGCCCGCGGGCUUCGCUUACAGCGCGGCUGCUCCGGAGAUGGCUGCGGAGAGCACCGGGGCGGCCCCGGCUGCUGUUGUGCCGGCCUGUUUGGAGGGGAAAGGCCCCGGGGAGCGGGCGGCCAUCCUCCACCAGCAUCUCGGGCGCAGGGAGAUGACCGAUGUGAUCAUUGAGACCAUCCAGCCACGGCCAGAUGAAACAAAAGCUGCCGUGGAAGGUAGAAAAUCUUCAGAGGCUGCAUCUGCUGAGGACAAAAAUAAACACGACGAUCAAAGCAAAGAGCGUGAGGCUGCUCCAGACUCGCCUUCAAAACAGCUCCCUGACCAGAUUUCCUUCUUCAGCGGGAAUCCCUCAGUUGAAAUCGUUCACGGCAUUAUGCAUCUGUACAAAACAAACAAGAUGACCUCUUUAAAAGAAGACGUGCGGCGCAGCGCCAUGCUCUGCAUCCUCACUGUCCCUGCUACCAUGACCAGCCACGACCUGAUGAAGUUUGUGGCUUCUUUCUAUGAAGUAAUUGAGCACAUGAAAAUCAUCCGAGAUUCCACUCCAAACCAGUACAUGGUGCUGAUAAAGUUUAGCUCACAGGCUGACGCAGAUAGCUUUUAUAUGGCAUGCAAUGGCCGGCAGUUCAACUCGAUAGAGGAGGAUGUUUGCCAGCUGGUGUACGUGGAAAGGGCUGAAGUCUUCAAAUCAGAAGAUGGGGCCAGCCUGCCUGUGAUGGAUCUGACGGAGCUCCCGAAGUGCACGGUGUGCCUGGAGAGGAUGGAUGAGUCCGUGAACGGGAUCCUUACCACGCUGUGCAACCACAGCUUCCACAGCCAGUGUCUGCAGCGCUGGGAGGACACCACGUGUCCUGUCUGCAGAUACUGCCAAACGCCUGAGCCAGUGGAAGAGAACAAGUGUUUUGAAUGUGGAGUUCAAGAAAACCUUUGGAUCUGCUUAAUAUGUGGGCACAUAGGCUGUGGUCGGUACGUGAGCCGACACGCUUACAAGCACUUCGAGGAGACCCAGCACACCUACGCGAUGCAGUUGACCAACCACAGAGUCUGGGACUAUGCUGGAGAUAACUACGUCCAUCGGCUGGUUGCAAGUAAAACUGAUGGGAAGAUAGUUCAGUAUGAGUGCGAGGGAGAUAUGUGUCAGGAAGAGAAAAUAGAUGCCUUGCAAUUAGAGUACUCAUAUUUGCUAACAAGCCAGCUGGAAUCGCAGCGAAUCUAUUGGGAAAACAAGAUUGUCCGUAUAGAAAAGGAUACGGCUGAAGAGAUUAACAACAUGAAGACCAAAUUUAAAGAGACCAUUGAGAAGUGUGACAGUCUGGAACAGAGGCUCAAUGACUUGCUCAAAGAAAAGCAGUCUGUCGAAAGGAAGUGUUCUCAGCUGAAUAACAAAGUGGCUAAACUUUCCAACGAGCUGAAGGAGGAGCAAGAACUGAAUAAGUGCUUGCGAGCGAAUCAAGCCUUGCUUCAGAACAAACUAAAGGAGGAGGAGAGAGUGCUAAAGGAAACCUGCGAACAGAAGGACCUGCAGAUCUCUGAGAUCCAGGAGCAGUUGCGGGAUGUCAUGUUCUACUUAGAGACGCAGCAGAAAAUCAAUCACCUCCCAGCUGAGACCCGACAGGAGAUUCAGGAAGGACAGAUCAACAUUGCAGUGGCAUCUUCUGCCAGCUCCUCCGCGGGGAGCACGGGCAAACCUUCUUCCAGGAGAGGCCGUGGCAAGAGGGGCAAAUGAAAAGCCAAAUGCCCUGCUCCCAUCCUGAAACUGGCCAUACUGGUGGCAGGCCAGGCUCAGCCCUCGGGACUCCAGCUGGGGACGCCCAGUUCACUAAAGCUCAGCUAGAAAUUGUCUUCAGAGCUGCUCAUAAAACGGGGCUGCCCAUCAA